GUGCCACCUGUCAGUGUCCAUCAAUGCCAGCUGUCAGUGCUCAUCAAUGCCACCUGCCAGUGCCCAUCAGUGCCGCCUAUCAGUGCCAGUCAGUGUUACCUAUCAAUGCCAGUCAGUGCCACCUAUCAGUGCUGCCAAUCAGUGCCCGUCAGUGCCACCUAUCAGUGCCUGACAGUGCUGCCUAACAGUGCCAGUCAGUGCCACCUAACAGUGCCAGUCAGUGCCACCUAUCAGUGCCAGUCAGUGCUGCCUAUCAGUGCCAACUAUCAGUGCCGCCUAUCAGUGCAAUAUAUGAGUGCUGCCUUUCAGUGCCCAUCAGUGAUGCCUGUCAAUUCCCAUCAGUGCCACCUACCAGUGCCUCCUCAUCAGUGCUUAUCAGUGCCACCUAUCAGUGCCUAUCAGUGC